AUGCCAGACCUGCCCAGCGCUUACAACGACUUAGAAAAAUACACAGAAGAUCUUUGCAGCUUCAUAGACACAACUCUCGUGCGCCAAAUCACGGGCGGCAUCCACGUCAAUGAUGCAUUGAUCUACAACGCUUGGGACCGCUUGCCAACGGAAUGGACUGAGUGGUGGUCACGCUGGCCAGACCACCGUCUUGCUCAGCAGAAUCUCAUUGAUAGCAUUGGCGAAGACGACACAUCUCACGCUCAUGAGAAUGCCUACACGGAUGGCGGGAUAAUUGGCCGCCCCGAGUCGCUCGGCAACUGGCUUGCGCGGCUCAAAGCCCUCGCUUUAACCCGCACGCAGCGACCCGGGCAGAGUGUUAUCCUCCCUGAAGUCCUGCAGACGCGCAUGAAGACGAAAAAAGUCACAGAGGUCUCUCGCGCCACGAAGUUGAUCCACGAUUUGUGCGAAGCUAGAGGGAUCAGACACGUCGUCGACAUGGGCUCCGGCCAAGGGUACCUAUCCAUCAGCCUGGCAUAUCUCUUCCCAGAACUGCAGGUCCUCGCGAUUGAUGGAAGCGAAUCGCAAGUGGCUGGAUCUCAAGCCUUUACAGACUCUCUAGGCAUCUCGAACCGUCGAUUGACGCACAUGGUGCAUUGGAUUGACGGCUCGUCGGCACUGGCAGACAAGGUCCAGGCGUGGUCAGCGGGAGAAAGGUGUAUCUUGGUGGGCUUGCACGCCUGCGGCAAUUUGUCCGAGCACAUGAUUCGAUACUUUGCCGAGAUUUCCUGCAUUGAUGCCCUCGCCGUCGUGGGAUGCUGCUACAACCACAUUGUGCCACGGUCAGACAUGUGUCCAGCGGGGUUUCCCAUCAGCGAGGCUCUACGCGACAGAAACGUCACGCUGACCCCGACGGCAUUGAUGACAGGAUGCCAGGCCCCGAAUAACUGGCCACGACCUGAUUCCCAAGUAUCGUCCGUCUUUGGCCGCCGGCGCCUCUACCGCGCGAUGCUCGAAAAGCUUUUCUUCGACCACGGCAUCAGCGCCGGUAGUGGAAACGAGCGUCCCGCCUGGGGCAUCAGGAAGGGCGACAUGGUGGGCUUUACAGCCUUUGCGCACCGCGCCAUGGACUGCCUGCACGUGGAUGCUGCGCAGCGCCCGACUGACGAGCAACUGCGGGCGUACGAGGAGGAGUACCGGGGCUGGGAGGGCCGCAUCGCGAUCCUGUGGACGCUGAGCGUCCUCUGCGGCAAGGUGGUGGAGAGCGUUAUUGCCGUGGAUCGCUAUCACUUCUUGGAAGAACGGCAGGUCGUACAGGAAGUCGAUGUUGUGCCUGUCUUCGACGCCAAGGUGUCGCCGCGUAACUUGAUGAUUGUAGCGACAAAGAAGGUGCAAGGCGGAUGA